UUUAACAUUCUGGUCCUGGGUCACAGAUUCCUGGACCAGGUGGAGGUGACAUGAAGGAGGCUGGAAGUGGACAUUUUCCCCGCACAUCUGUGCAUCCGGAGUCUAACCGAGGAAAGUGAAGACCCUCAAAAAUCUAUAGUAGGAGUUCCCUGACCAGGGAUCAAACCCGCGCCCCCUGCAGUGGAAGCGUGGAGUCUUAACCACUGGACCUCUAGUGAAGUCCCUCUUUCUUGUUUUCAACCUCAGAAAAGUUGGAAAACAUUUAAGUCUCAACAAAUGAAUUCCACACUUGAACUCUGCCGCAUUCCUGUGCCACCUCCUCCAUUGGAACACUGAUCUUAGAACAGAGAGAGAAAAGAGGAAUAGAAGGUAGAAGAAGAUGCUGGGAUCUGAACGUGGCGUUGUGGAAGAAUGGUUAUCAGAAUUCAAGGCAUUACCUGACACUCAGAUCACCAAUUAUGCAGCAACUUUACACCGGAAAAAAACACUGGUACCAGCCCUGUAUAAAGUUAUUCAAGAUUCGAAUAAUGAGCUCCUGGAGCCUGUCUGCCACCAGCUGUUUGAGCUCUACCGUAGCUCUGAAGUUCGACUUAAGAGGUUCACACUGCAGUUCUUGCCAGAAUUGAUGUGGGUUUAUUUACGGCUUACAGUUAGCCGAGACAGACAGAGUAAUGGUUGCAUUGAAGCACUUCUUUUAGGAAUUUACAAUUUGGAAAUUGCUGAUAAAGAUGGGAACAAUAAAGUUCUGUCUUUUACUAUCCCUUCCUUAUCCAAGCCUUCAAUAUACCAUGAGCCCUCAACAAUUGGAUCCAUGGCUUUGACAGAAGGGGCAUUGUGUCAGCAUGAUCUCAUCAGGGUUGUUUACAGUGAUCUUCAUCCGCAGAGGGAAACAUUCACUGCACAAAACCGGUUUGAAGUCCUGAGUUUCCUCAUGUUAUGUUAUAAUUCUGCUAUUGUGUAUAUGCCUGCUUCAUCUUACCAGUCUCUUUGCCGAAUGGGCUCCAGGGUUUGUGUGAGUGGAUUUCCACGGCAACAUGAAAAACACUGGAAAGAACUCUGUGGUCGAAUAGUAUUGGAUCCCGAAUUUAUGGUGCAGCUUCUCACAGGAGUUUAUUAUGCCAUGUAUAAUGGACAGUGGGACCUUGGCCAGGAAGUCCUUGAUGACAUCAUUUAUAGAGCUCAGCUAGAACUCUUUUCUCAACCGCUAUUGGUUGCCAAUGCCAUGAAAAACUCAUUACCAUUUGAUGCUCCUGAUUCUUCACAAGAAGGCCAGAAAGUACUUAAAGUCGAAGUCACUCCAACAGUGCCGAGGAUUUCUCGGACUGCGAUUACAACAGCUUCAAUCCGUCGCCAUAGAUGGAGGAGAGAAGAUGGCUUUGACUUCUCAAACGAGGCUGACUCGAGUAUUCCUGGCUCCCCGAUCCAACACGGCUCCACUGACCUAGGGAUCAAACGUGUGCAAGAGGGGGAGGUGCUGGUGCACAGGACUCCUGAGCACGGCUCACCGGAGCCCAACUCAGCAGCAGCCACAACAGAGGGUGCUGAGGGUGUAAAUGGAGGAGAGGAGUCGGUAAACCUGAAUGAUGCAGAUGAAGGAUUUUCAUCAGGGGCUUCCCUCAGCAACCAGCCAGUUGGGACCAAACCAUCCUCCUCUUCUCAGAGGGGAAACUUAAGGAAAGUAGCAACUGGGCGUUCAGCCAAGGAUAAAGAAACAACUUCUGCUCUCAAAUCCCGUGAGAGCCCUCGAGAUUCAGUAGUUCGCAGGCAGUAUGUACAGCAACCAAGUGAUCUUAGUGUAGAUUCAAUUGAGCUGACGCCGAUGAAGAAACACCUGAGCCUGCCUGCUGGCCAGGUGGUGCCAAAAACUAAUAGUAUAAGUCUAAUCCGGACAGCCAGUGCUUCCUCAAGUAAAUCAUUUGACUAUGUAAAUGGCAGUCAAGCAAGUACCAGCAUUGGGGUUGGCACUGAGGGUGUUACUAAUUUAGCAGCUAACAAUGCUAAUCGAUAUUCAACUGUCAGUCUACAGGAAGACCGGCUAGGUCAAGCCGGAGAAGGUAAAGAGCUCCUCAGCCCAGGAGCUCCCUUAACCAAGCAGUCUCGAUCCCCAAGUUUCAAUAUGCAGCUAAUAUCCCAGGUGUAGUCUUGACAUCCUCUCUCAUCUUUCUGCUUACCUUCUAAACUGAACAUUUCAUGUGCAAGAAGACACUUCAUCCCACUUGUGAAAAUAUUGGUCAUCAUAAACAGAUUUGAUUUAGUUUAGGUAUCUUCAUACUGUAUUUUGUAUGGAAACAGCAAUAAGGUUUUCUUUUCCCUCCUUCCUAUAUCUUCUCUUCACCUAUUCCUUGUAAAUGUGUUUGUGAAGCAGUAGAAAAUGUUUGUGUUUUCCACACCUUCCUUUCUCCUUGGGUGAAGUGCAAUCCAUCGUAGGCUGAUCGGUCCCAUUUCAACACUGUGAGACUGAGGUUAUGUUAGAGGAAAUGGUGUAUAUGAUCCCUAUGAAUGAUUCUUCAGCUUUUGUUUAAAAAAAAAAAAAAACGGGUUUGUUCUCAUAAUCUAUGAAGAUUACUGGGUCAUAUUUUUUCUCUCUUAACCAGGAGUGCCUCAGAGAUUCUGCUAUGACUUUGGACUUCUCUGAGUCUGUGCAAUUAUUUUCUUGAGAAGCAUGGGGAAAGGUGGUAGACUGCUGCACUUUUUCAUUAAAACGAGGGUGGCUCUUUUUUCCCCCAUCUCCUUUAUCUCGAGGACACAAUGUUCAAUUACUGAGGCAUUUAAAUCAAGUUGUGGCUGCCUCUGUUGGAGGACAGGACUCUAAGUUGAUUGUGUAAUAGAUAAUGCACUUUCUCAAUGGCUCUAUAGUCAUUAUUAACAUGUCUUCCCUCCUCCCCACAAGGACAUAAGGUCAUUUCUGUCCUUCAAGUUUGAACAGCUAAUAAAUCAGAGAAUCCAAGGGGCAUGUUCUAUUUCCCAGGAAUGAUUGACACUUUGGUGCUGGGGUUUUAUGGGGGGAGGGGGUAGUUUUUGUUUAGCUUGUGUGGGAUUGUGUGUGAGGGGAAGUUUCGAUUGUUUUUUUUCUUUUCCUUUGUGAGCUGUUGAUGACUGAAGUAGAACAGGUACGUCUUCAGGUAAAGAGAGGGAUUUCUCAACCCACUUUCUGUGAUGUCAGACUAUUGGAGAAACCCUUUCAGCUGCUUUCUAGAUGUACUUAAAUUCAGUCAGAUAUUUUGGAUUAAGAAACCUGAAGUCCUGAUAGAUCAUAUACUCCAAGGAAAUACAUCAGGGACAGAUAAUUGGCUGAAAACACUGACGCUUCAAUGUGACACAUUUUUAUAGAACAUUUCUACCAGGGGGUACUGACUUGAUUUCUCCUACAAGGACCACACUGCCUUUGUGUUUAAUGUAAUGCAAUUUGUGUACCUUCUAAUCAUAUAUCUGCAAAAGUUUCUCAUUUUUAUAAAAAAUCAUGCCAGUAAGCUAGAUGUUGAAUGUAUGUAAGUAGCAUUUGGUAACUGCUAAGAGGCUACAAAAGUGCAUUAUUGGUUUAAAAAAAAUUUUUUUUUUAGUUCUGAUUUGGUUGGAUAAGGUUUCAUUAUGACCUCUU